GAUGUAAACAAGCUGCUUCCAGAAAAAAAUCGCAAGCGGAUAACGGAGCAUCUUUGUUAAAGUAAAAGUGCAUCGCGAUCAUCUUUUCCACAUCCUUUGUUCGUACAUUCCUUUCAACAAACAAUAAAGCAACUAGCGCCAAAUGUCUACCUCGCUGCUGUAUCUGCUGGUACCGGUCGGUGUUGGGGUCGGUCUGUACGCCAUCCGGAAGUUGCGCGAAUGGCAGUGGGGUUGGGUGCGCAACAACAGCUCACUGCUCGGUAAGGUGUACAUCAUCACCGGUGCCAACACGGGUCUGGGCUUCGAGACGGCACUGGCACUGGCCUCCCGCCAGGCCACCAUCAUCAUGGCCUGUCGUAACAUGGAUCGGGCCGGUGACGCAAUCAGCCGCAUCCGUCAGGCAACGCAGGAGGGUGAACUGAUACCGCUCGAGCUGGAUCUCGCUUCGUUCGAGUCGAUUCGUAAAUUCGCCGAGCAAGUCAAAAGCCGCUACCCUUCGUUCGAUUGUCUGAUCAAUAAUGCUGGCCUCGCGGUCCGGACGCCACAAUAUACGAGCGAAAAGCACGAGGUACACUACGGUGUUAACCAUCUUGGACACUUCCUACUGGUUGAUCUGUUGAAGGAUAACAUCCGUGCGAACGGAGCUCGGAUUGUGGUCGUCUCGUCAAAGAUGCACGAGAGGGGGCGGAUCAAUUUCGAACAUCUCGGCCAGUGGAUGGAACGUGGUCCGCGGGAUCGUACCAACAACCUGUACAACAACUCGAAACUGAUGAAUUUCUACUUUGCGCGUGAGCUGUACAAGCAGGGCUACAAUGUGCACGUGCUCUGUCCAGGCCUCUGCCAUACGGACUUUUUCCGUGAUUACAACCCGCGAUGGUACCACUACGUGCUGUUCUCACCGAUUGUGCUAUUUUUCCUGCGCUCCGCUCGUCAGGGUGCCCAGAACAUCAUUCACUGCGCGACGGAUAACGUGAACACGGAGGAGAAGAAUCCCGUCGCCGGCUACUUCGUCACGAACGUGCAGCAGACGAAAUCCAAGGCCAAGUUCGACGAGGAAACUUCCGAGCGUCUGUGGAAGGAAAGCUUCAAAGCGAUCAACUCCUAGAUGAGCGGCAAAAUGAUCGAAACGGACGCUAAUCUUCAUCUCUAAACCGGGAUUCGAAGGUUUUGGUGGUGGUAACUGGCAUAUGCUAUGCAUUUCAUUUCUCAAUCUCUGACUAGAAUUAGAAUACUCAGGGUCGGUCUCAGCGACAUCAAUAAACUGCUUAACAAACUUUA